UUCUAGAAGACCUUACCAUAAAGACAGACGUUGGAGCUCUCGACCACUCAACGGUGUUACCAUCACAAAGGUGUAAUAAAUUAGUUUUAAGCAUUAUUAUAAAGUAGUUGCAACGGUAAACGAACUGAAGAUGGGGAGAAAGAGGACAAGGGAAAUUAUAAUUCUCAGAGGACUCCCCGGAUCAGGGAAGACAACUCGGGCAAGUAAUAUCUUGGAGAUGUAUGGUUCUGGAAAAGCCUUCAGCACAGACGACUACUUCAGGGUGGACGGGAACAUGGUUGGGUUCCGCGAUACAUCCCUGAACAAAGCUCAUGUAUGGAACCGCAACAGAGUUCUUCAAGCCAUCAAAAAUAAAGUCCAUCCGAUCGUAAUUGACAACACCAAUCUGCAGAAAUGGGAGAUGUGGCCUUAUGUCCGAAUGGCGUUUCGCCGUGGCUACUGGAUCGAGUUUCAGGACCUCCCUGACCUUUCAUUAGAGAUUCUCAACAGACUGUGUCCUAAGAUCCCCAUGGAGGUGUUAGAGAGGAUGAACGAAGGUUAUGAGCCCGUGAAGAAGAUAUGGGAUGUCAUCUAUGACUAUGAGUCCAAAGUCAGGUGGAUGCCCAGCUCAGAGAGACUGCAGAACCACUGGUGAUCAGGAGACCAAUACAAUGCCUUUGUGUUGUGUGUGUGUGCGUGCGUGUGCGCGUGUGUGUGCAUUUGUGGUGCUUCUAUUCUUACGGGGACCUAAAAAUCCCUGAAUGUCCCCACAAGGAUAGUAACACAAGGAAAAUGACAUUUCCCACAUCCCCAUGAGGACAAUGGCUAUGUUAAGCAUAGAGGUUAGGUUAAUGGUUAGAAUUAGGGUAACGGUAAGGGGUUAGUGGUUAGGCUUAAGGCUAGGGUUAGGUUUAGGGUUUGGUAUGGGUUAAGGUUAAGGUUAGGGUUAAGGGAAAUGUUAGGUUUAGGGUAAGGGGUUAGGGAAAAUAGGAUUUUGAUUGGAAAUUAAUUCUUAGGUCCCCACGAGGAUAGAAGAACUUAACAUGCGUGUGUUUGUUACUAUCCUUGUGGGGACUGCAAAUCCCCCAAAGUCCCCACGAGGAUAGAAGAACUUAACAUGCGUGUGUUUGUUCCUAUCCUUGUGGGGACUGCAAAUCCCUCAAAGUCCCCACGAGGAUAGAAGAACUUAACAUGCGUGUGUUUGUUACUAUCCUUGUGGGGACUGCAAAUCCCCCAAAGUCCCCACGAGGAUAGAAGAACUUAACAUGCGUGUGUUUGUUACUCUCCUUGUGGGGACUGCAAAUCCCUCAAAGUCCCCACGAGGAUAGAAGAACUUAACAUGCGUGUGUUUGUUACUAUCCUUGUGGGGACUGCAAAUCCCCCAAAGUCCCCACGAGGAUAGAAGAACUUAACAUGCGUGUGUUUGUUACUCUCCUUGUGGGGACUGCAAAUCCCCCAAAGUCCCCACGAGGAUAGAAGAACUUAACAUGCGUGUGUUUGUUACUCUCCUUGUGGGGACUGCAAAUCCCCCAAAGUCCCCACGAGGAUAGAAGAACUUAACAUGCGUGUGUUUGUUACUAUCCUUGUGGGGACUGCAAAUCCCCCAAAGUCCCCACAAGGAUAGUAAAACAAGGAAAAUCUCCCACAUGGGGACAUUUCCCACGUGCCCACAAGGACAUUGACUAUUUUAGGGUUAGGGGUUAGGUUUAGGGUGAGGGUUAGAAUUAGGGUUAGAAAAAGGGUUAGGAGGUAGGUUUAGGGUUAGGGUUAGGGAUGUGUGUGUGUGUGUGUGUGUGUGUGUGUGUGUGUGUGUGUGUGUGUGUGUGUGUGUGUGUGUGUGUGUGGUGACUAUAUGUGAGAUGAUACUACUUAGGAGACCACGAGGGGUCUGACAUCACACCCUAGUUCCCUUAUCGUACCCUGGUACUUAGGUAAUGUCACCUAAAUGGUGCUGUUUUGAAUUGUCACUGAGGUGUUUCUCCAGGUUGGAUAGAAUAUAUUCCUCAUGUCAGAACACGAAGGACCCUGAGAUGGGACGUUUCUUUCACAUCAAUCCGUAUCGCAGAAGUUCAGUGCUAUAGACACAUGAAGCUUUUGCCGGUCUCCUCGAACAUGGGAACAUUGCCUUUAAAUUUCAAUUGUGCUAUAGCUCUGACCUUUCAUUACAUGUAUUGAAUCCAUAUCUACGUUUACAGAAAUACAGAAAUCUUCCCUGUUCUGAUGCAAAAUGCAGCAUCAUAUCAUGUAAAAUGCCUCAUAUGGGGAUGAUUAUUCUAUUUUGAAAGUUAAAUAUCUUCAAAACGUGAUUGCUGACUCGCAAAAAACACUUUGGGACUAUGUCAACAAUUUACUAAUGAAACAAAUACCAAAAUAAAACAUUUGGGUAGAGUUUUCCUUUUUUUUAAACCUUUAUUUAACCAGGCAAGUCUGUUCAGAACAAAUUCUUAUUUUCAAUGACGGCCUAGGAACAGUGGGUUAACUGCCUGUUCAGGGGCAGAACCACAGAUUUGUACCUUGUCAGCUCGGGGGUUUGAACUCUCAACCUUCCCGUUACUAGUUCAACGCUCUUACCACUAGGGUACACUGCAACCCUUUAAGUGUUAACUCAGAUGGUUCUUAACUGUUAACACUCAGAUGGUUCUUAACUGUUAACACUCAGAUGGUUCUUAACUGUUAACACUCAGAUGGUUCUUAACUGUUAACACUCAGAUGGUUCUUAACUGUUAACACUCAGAUGGUUCUUAACUGUUAACACUCAGAUGGUUCUUAACUGUUAACACUCAGAUGGUUCUUAACUGUUAACACUUUCUGAUUUUGUGGUUAAGCGAGAAAUGCUUCUAUUGUAGGAAAUGUUUCCUUUCCAGAUUGGAUUGCAGUGCCAAGCUUUUUAAAACAAAAGUUUAGUUUUCUUUGGAAUAAUUCAGACACAUAAUAUACCUAUUUUCUGCUCCCUUCUAUCCAUGUUUACAUCACAUAAAAAAUGUGUAUUGAAUCUGUGUUGAGAAUAUUGCUUUACAAGUCAGGUAGUAAAGAGUUAGUAGCUGUUUUACAUGUGCUUUUCCACCCGUUGCUCUGUGCUCACAUUCCAGAUGUUGUUCAAUUAAAUGAAAACCCUUGUAAAAAAA